AUGCUGGCAGAUACGCUGGUUAUUAUAUGUAUAUCAGUUUUCACGGCAUUUCUUGGCGAGGGAAUCACAUGGCUACUUGUGUAUCGAACUGAUAAAUACAAAAAGCUUCAAGCUGAAGUAGAUAAGCAUUCGAAGAAGUUGGAAAAACAACGUGACACAACUUCCGAAAAUAAAAUUGACAAGGCCGCAAAGAAGCGAUUGGGAAGGCAGGAGGAGCGUCUCAAGGUUUUCACUCGUGACCUCAAUGCAGUCAAGAUAAAGUCAAUGUUCGCCACCGCUGUGAUUUUCACUUCCUUGUUUAGUGUCUGCAGUAGUGUGUUUGAUGGUCGUGUCGUCUGUAAACUACCUUUUACACCGAUUUCCUGGUUGUAUGGCAUGUCCCACAGAAAUCUGAACGGAAAUGACUUCACGGAUUGCUCUUUCAUCUUCCUCUACAUCAUCUGCACAAUGUCUAUCCGUCAGAACGUCCAAAAGAUGCUCGGUUUCAGUCCAUCACGUGCAGCCAAUCAAGGUGCCUACGGCUCUUCUAGCUGA